GCUGCGUGAAACACGCUGUACCGCUGUCAGAAUUAUUAAAUUUUACUUAAAUCCCGUUCAGCGUAGCAUUUAAGAUGGAUAUAGACGACGAGAUCAAAUCCGGUUGUUUAUUGUUUCCACCCGCUGGUGGGAAUGUAUUUAGCAAAUUCCCUAAAAAGAAAACCUGGCAGCAAAAGUAUUGCAUCCUAUACAAUGCAAGUAAGCAAGGAAUUGAACGAUUAGAAAUUUAUGAUCAUAAGGAGGACGCCACAACAGCUUCCUCUGCUAUUCCUAAGAUUAUUACUCUUGAGAAUUGCAUCAAAAUAACGCAUUCUAGUCCUAAUACUAUAACGAUACUUACUAAGUCCAUUACACAGCAGAUAAGUGCCCAGUCAGAAGCUGAGACACUAGAAUGGGUCACUGCUCUCCAGUCUGUAGCGUUUAGAGGUCGGGAUUUGAAUCCUAUAAGCUGUGAUGAAGAUAAUGAUCUGUAUUGUUCAUCUGGAGAAGGAGUCUUCUCCGUCAAAAUGUGCACGUCAGAAGCAUCGUCAAGAUGCGGACUAGAGGCAAUUAGAUAUCUCCUUGUGCUUACAGCCACGGCUAUUGAAUUAAGAGAUGUCAAUGAUAACAAGCUGUAUGCCAACUGGCCUUAUAGGUACAUCCGGAGAUACGGCUACAGGCAGGGCAAGUUCACAUUUGAAGCAGGGAGAAAAUGUGACACAGGAGAAGGUAUCUUCCACUUGGAACAUCCAAACCAAUCUGAAAUCUUCAAGUGUUUAUCAUUAAAGAUGAAGACAAUGAAACAAAUGAUUGGAAAUGACAAUUUGAACAGUCCAGAACACAGUGAAUUCAACAUUCAACCCAGUGCAAACUUGUUUCCAGGAUCAAGGAGCCCCUUAGUGGCUGCCAGACCUGAUGAUUUGAAUUUAAGCUCUUUAUCAUUCAAAACCACAUCUGUAUCAAGCCAGCAAAGUAUUUGUUCCUCUGACAGAGAUACAGCUCCAUUGUUAAUGCCAAAACCAGCUUUAAAACCCAAGCCACAAAAGCCUCCACGCAAGAUAAUAAAUGUCCAGAAAGGUAUUAUCAAAGAUUUGCCAAGUUCAACAGAUGAGAGCAUAGAUUUUGGCAGAUACAAAAAGCUUGAUAACUAUGAGCCAAUUGAACAAUGCAAAAGAGAAGAGAGUCCACCAUCAGUGCCAUAUGAUAAGAUUGAGGUGCGCAGUGAAGCGUGGAAGACAUUAGGAAUUGAUGAUCCAGACCACACAGAGUUUACUCCAAAUCUUGGGGACAAUCCUAACUGUUUGAAACUCAUAUCAAGGUCUCAAGAUAAUCUGAAUACCACUGGGCCAGAAGCAUCAAGAAUAAUUUUGUUACCUAGCCCAGUGGUAGACCCAGAAGAUGAGAACUAUGAUAGAUUACAGUAUUUUGGUUCCACAAGCAAAUUGAAUAAGUCUUCAAGGUAUAAAAAGAUAGAGGCCCGUCCAACAACUUUAGCUUUAGGGGAACCUAAAAAUAAAGACACAUGGAAUGACUAUGAUGAGGUGGAGAAUGUGAUGCAAACAGCAAGGCUUGCAGAUGACUCACAUUUGGGCUAUGGGAUGAUAAGGAAACCAAAUACCCCUGGGCCCCAAGUCCCAACCGCGGCUCAGGCUCAAGCCCUUCAAAAUCAUGUCGGCCUGGAAGAAGUCAAUCAUAAUAACUGCAAUGGAACAGAUUAUGCUAUUGUUAGCCGUCCAAAAAGAGUUUGAUGUUUUGAUUACAACGAAACUGAUAUAAAGACUGAAUUUUUAUGGUAACCAUUGGCCCAAUUUGGUAUGUGCCUACUUAGGCUUUAAAAAUAUUUUUAAAGGCAUUCCAUUUUGCUAGUAAAUGGAGACGAAAUCUAUUUUUUUAUGUGUGUCAAGUUGUUGUUGGUCACUAGAGUCUGUUGUAAACUCUUUAAACAUUUUGCAAUUUUUGUUUGACAAUAAGCAAUAAUUCCAUUAGUAAUUUACCAAUUUUAUAAUAUUUUUUGAAGAUUCAUAGAAUUUUAAAUGAGACUGUAUUGCAUUCCCAUUUUAUAUCCUACUUAUUUUUAGAUACUUGUUAGAGAUUAGAUUUUAUAAACUUGUAUAUUUUAUUGAUAUUAUGUACCCAAGUAUUUUAUUGUUAGGAGAUUAUGGAUAUUGUAUUACAUUGUGAUUAUAUUGUGCCUUAUUUUUAUAUUUUAUUUGAAUGGGAAACCAAGUAGUUUGUGCCAAUAUAAAGUUGAGCUAGUUACACCACUUCUAUGGUGCUUUAUGGUGUUAAGUAUUCAGUAAGUUUUACAGUUUUUGCAGGAGUUUGUAGCAUUAUGAUUUAUUCCAGUGUUCAUACCUGUUUUUUUGGCAUAUCCACAUGAUAUAAAAACUAUUAAAAACAGAUAAUUUCCUUACGUGCUCCAUGUGCCUAUUAUAACAGAAUAAUAGGCACAUGUGUAUGGUAAGGAAAUUAAUUCUGUAAUUAAUUUUAUAAGAAUAACAUGAGGUCAAUGACUAUGACUAAGUCACAUUAAAAACCUACAUAAGAUUUGUCAGUUUAUUGUACCACUGUUAUUGUAAUCAAGAUAUUCCAUAAGUGCUGUUCCAUUAUUUGGCCAUAUUUUAUUGUAAUCUCUUAAAAUGUUAAUAAAUUACAUAAUCUUA